AUGGCCGCGGAGGCGCGGAAUGCGGCGGGUCUGGGCCCGCACCCCGCAGCGCGCACCCGCCACGCGGUCUGCGCGCGGCCGCACACGCUGGACCUACCUGCCACCGCCACGCGUGUCCGCCGCCGACCGCGGUAUCGUGCUGCACAGCAGCGCCUCCGCCCGGCGGAUCCUCAUGCGCGGCCCCGCGCGCAUACACAACUACGCAUGCACAGCACAGGGGGCGCCGACCCCGGGGCGUGGAAAGCCGGGCGGGGCCAGGAGUCGCGGUCCGCGUCCGGAUCAUCCGAAGACGGCCUCCGCUGCAGCCUGGCAUGGAGCCGGCCGCAUCUCCUGCACAAGAUCGCCCUCUCCGACCAGUCCCAACUUAUCCGCUUCAUCCACCUGCCGCGCGCGCAUCUGCACAUGGGCGCGCUGGCGGACAGCCUCACCGUCAAUGGCGGCCUCCGUCCUCGACGACUCCGAAUUGGGCCCCGCCGACUGCCCGCUGUCGUGCGCCUUGGAUUCUGCUGCUGCUCCUUGGGUGCCAUGGCCUUGCGGCAGUGCUGCACCCUGUGCCUCGCGGAACUCACCACCGCCACCACGCUCUCGCUGUGUAGCGUGCAGUUCGCGUCCGUCAUCAGUUUGAGCGGCUGCUCCGCGCCAUUCCGUCCCUGCCCCAUCUCGGCUGUGUCACCGCGCCAUAAUUGUCUCCAUGAGUGCUGA